UCCUGAAACUCAGUCGUACGCGAGUCCUCAGUCAGUCAGUUUCGAGCUCUGGGAUGCAACGGAUGCGGAUGCCUUAAAUCCCCGAGCUCUUUGGCGGUCUUAUUAGAAAUUGCGUAUACGCCGCGUGUUACCAAGUAAUUGCUUGACCAAAGCCACUACCUCGUCAAAGGAAGGGCUUAAAGCGCCACUUGCAUUUUUACGUACUACACAUAUAUAAAUUUUCCGGGUAAUCGGCGGAAAUUGAGUUAAACUUUUGUGUCCGGUUGGCGCCAGUUGGCAAUUGGUGCUGGCCAACUUUCAGACCCAAACGAUGACAAACUGAAAAGUAAACUUUGUAAAGACUCAGCUCCUUACAAAAAAAUUCAAGUGUUUCGGGAAAAAAUAAAAAAUUUUUGAUUUGAAAAGGACACAGUUUGGUGAAAAAAAAAAAAAUAGUUGCAAUGCACAAUGGAAAAUCAGCAAAGUGACCUCCAAGUUUACGAAAACAGAAAAUAACUCAAUAAAAAAAACUCAAGCAGUUCAGGGUCACCCGGUGGACAGCUAAUUGCAGCUAACCCCAUUGGCAUUUGGCAAACGGAAAAUGCAUCGUGACCGCUGCAACCACAUUGCACCACUACCGCCAGCAGCAUCAGCGCCACCACUUCCACCUCCAGCAGCAGCAGCAAGGGUAUCCGCAUCGCUGAAACCGAAUCUGAAGGCAUCCCAGUGGCGGCGACACACGGAAUCCUUGCCAAAUGCGGCCAAAUGCGAGGCGCUGGCAAGUAAAUAAGCGUAAUCCUUUGCGGGCACGUACCACCACUACCUCCUGUUCGGAGUAGCUCGUAAAUAUUUGGCCAAGUCAGUCAUGGAGGCCAUCAUCAUGACGACCCUGCCCAACCUGACAACGGAUGCUGGUGACAGCAGCUUCUGGCUAACCGGUGCCCUCUCGCUCUCCGAGAUGUUGGCCAACUCGAGCCACGGCCAUUCCACUGGGAGCACAACCUCGUCGGCAGGGAGUUCGGCCACCGAAUCAUCCGCGGUGAAUGUGGGCAAGGACCACGACAAGCACGUGAAUGACAGCGUUUCCACGGGUCUAAGCAAUUACAGUAAUUACCCCAGCUACAUUCACUACAGGGACAAGUACGACCUGAGCUACAUUGCCAAGGUGAAUCCCUUUUGGCUGCAGUUCGAGCCACCUAAGUCGAGCACCUUCCUGGUUAUGGCCGCCCUGUAUUGCCUGAUUUCGGUGGUGGGAUGUGUGGGCAAUGCGUUCGUCAUCUUUAUGUUUGCCAACCGCAAAUCUCUGCGGACUCCAGCCAAUAUCCUGGUAAUGAAUCUGGCCAUCUGCGACUUUCUGAUGCUCAUCAAAUGCCCGAUUGCCAUAUACAAUAACAUCAAAGAGGGUCCAGCUUUGGGAGACAUUGCCUGUCGCCUCUAUGGAUUUGUGGGUGGCCUAAGUGGCACCUGUGCCAUCGGCACCCUCACCGCCAUCGCCCUGGAUCGGUACAAUGUGGUGGUGCAUCCACUGCAGCCGCUGAGACGCUGCUCCCGCCUGCGAUCCUAUCUGAUCAUCCUGCUGAUCUGGUGCUACAGCUUCCUGUUCGCCGUGAUGCCGGCCCUGGACAUCGGACUAUCUGUCUAUGUGCCAGAGGGCUUCCUCACCACCUGCAGCUUCGAUUAUCUGAACAAGGAGACGCCAGCUCGCAUUUUCAUGGCACUGUUCUUUGUGGCUGCCUACUGCAUUCCACUGACCUCCAUUGUGUACUCCUACUUCUAUAUACUUAAGGUGGUCUUCACGGCGAGUCGCAUACAAUCGAACAAGGACAAGGCCAAGACGGAGCAGAAGUUGGCCUUCAUUGUGGCGGCCAUCAUUGGUUUGUGGUUCCUGGCCUGGUCACCGUACGCCAUCGUUGCCAUGAUGGGUGUCUUCGGCCUGGAGAGGCACAUAACGCCACUGGGAUCGAUGAUACCCGCGCUCUUCUGCAAGACAGCUGCCUGCGUGGAUCCCUACUUGUAUGCGGCCACACAUCCGCGGUUUCGUGUCGAGGUGCGAAUGCUCUUCUACGGACGCGGAGUGCUGCGCAGGGUCUCCACGACCAGGUCAUCGUACAUGACCCGAUCACGAUCGUCGUUCACCCACCGAUUGAGGACGAGCACCACCGGUGAGGGCGGAAUGGGUGAUCAUCGCAUGGAGAACUAUCUGAUGAACAACAAUCUGAUGAUGGUGCCCGAGGAGACGGAGGAGAACGAAGAGAUUGUCGUGGUGGCCGAGAUCAACAAUUCGGUUAGCAGCGUCAUGGAACAGAGUAAGUUCUGAAGGAUGACGAUUGCGCCAGUUAAGAGAACGGAAAUCCGGUCAAUCUGUUACGAACCUACUAACAUAAACAUUUUUAAUUAGUUUUAAGUUUAGUACAGAUAUAAUAUUAUAUAAUUUGAAAAUGAGUCAAACUUAUGAUCACGAUGAUACUGAAAACUUGGAUUGGAAAAGCUGAAGCUCGCCUGUUUAAUUACCAUAUUUUUCCAAUUGAAAAUUUCAAAACCUUUCCUAUCUCGAAAAGUAAACUGUUCGCUGUUAAUUGAAAAUGUUUGUGCACUGCACUGCAAGGCAUAUCAAAAUGGAAGCUAUCAAUAAUCGCAAAUUGAAUGGAUCGACUCAAGUUUCAUUGUUGGACUAAACUAAUUUGUAUGUAGGAAUAAUAGACCGAACUGAAAUCAGCAAUGGCAGCAAAGUAAUUUCGCUCGGCAAUGAUAUAUGCCAAUGGCAUUGUUCAUCUCUGACUGAAUGCGUUGUCAUUGAUGGGCCUACAAUUGAAAUGAAAAUGAAAAUAAUAAUUAUAAUAAUAAAUAGAAAUGAAGCAGGGAAAUCCGCCGAGCAGUGGGAAAUUGACAAGGCACAACGACGACACAGUGGUGAUAGUAAACAUAUUUAAUGAGCUUAUGUGAUGUUUAGACAGGGGGAGUAGGCGAUCGGAGCAGGGAAUGGAUUAGUUAGUCGAUAUAUACACACAUAUGUAUAAGACAUCGGAGGAUGGCAGGCCUAUUAGAGAGGCGGGGCCGAAAUUAGUACAAAGAUAGUGGGGUUAGGGGUCGAAGUGGAAAUUCAAUAGGCAGAUUAGACAUAAUUUCAGGGAAAGCCACUCGGAACCAAGGUCAAGCCGUGGUAUUGGAUGUGCAGAUUGUUUGCAUUGUAGUUUAAUAUUGGGAUAACUCACAAUCAAAGCAGCCUGCGGACAUCUUGUAUUUCUGAAAUGGAGUCAGCAUUGUGAUGGCCGCCAUUCAAAAGUUAUUGACAACUUAAGCUAAUUGCGUUUAUGUCUCGAUGUCUAAUCCGAUGGUUCUCUCAGUAUCUUAUAGGUAUACUACAUAGAUUGUAUACAAUGUCUACUCUAAAGAAUCUAACUAAGCAAACGACUUUGAUAAAGUCAACGAGUACUUGUACCUGUAAGAAAUGUAAGAACAACAAAAAAAAAGAAAAACACGAAAGUGCUAGUAAGCCAAAUAUAUAACGAAUUUAUACUCUUGAUACUUACUUAGCCGUAUCAUUUUAUAUACAUAUGUAUGUACAUGUAUAUCGGGGAUAACUGGCCACAAUGGGCCAUAGAACAAUGGUGGCCCCAGUUGAAUAAGUCCCGGGCAGCAUUUUAAUUACUAGAACACAAAUUUAAGCCAUUGUUGCGACAAACUUGUAUAUUUCCUUCACUACGUGAACGAACAAUGGACCCUGCUAUUUGUAAUUGUGCUCAAAAUGAAAUUGCAGAAAAAUACUUACUAAGACGACACGGAGUGGGGAUAAACAAAGAGAGAGCGGGGGCAAAACCAUUUAAUUAGCAUAUUUAAAAUGCACUUUGACAUCAAUUUUGUGUGUGCAUUGUGUGUGUGUGUGUGCGUGUUUCACUUAAGCAGCUUGUAUUCAAAUUAGUUUAACUCAGUAAUUGUUUGACAUGCAGUACCUAUUGUUUUUGUUAUGGCGGUAAAUGUUAAAAAACCAAGCAACUCGAAAUAAAUGUGCAAAAACUUUAAA